AUGUUUUUUAUCCACCUCCUUUUCCGCCAAAUCUUACAUAUAUGCAUGAGAUAUAUUUUACCAGUACCCCAGUACCUUGACUUGGUGAAAAUCUAUCUAUCUAUCUAUCUAUCUAUCUAUCUAUCUAUCUAUCUAUCUAUCUAUCUAUCUAUCACAUAUUCAUAUCUAUCUAUCUGUCUAUAUAUAUAUAUAUAUAUGUAUCAAUCACAUAUUCAUAUCUAUCUAUCUAUCUAUCUAUCUAUCUAUCUAUCUAUCUAUCACAUAUUCAUAUCUAUCUAUCUGUCUAUAUAUAUAUAUAUAUGUAUCAAUCACAUAUUCAUAUUUAUCUAUCUAUCUAUCUAUCUAUCACAUAUUCAUAUUUAUCUAUCUGUCUAUAUAUAUAUAUAUAUAUGUAUCAAUCACAUAUUCAUAUCUAUCUACCUAUCUAUCUAUCUAUCAUAUUCAUAUCUAUCUAUCUGUCUAUAUAUAUAUAUAUAUAUAUAUAUAUGUAUCAAUCACAUAUUCAUAUUUAUAUCUAUCUAUCUAUCUAUCUAUCUAUCUAUCUAUCUAUCUAUCUAUCUAUCUAUCAUAUUAUAUAUAUAUGUGUCUAUAUAUAUAUAUAUAUGUAUCAAUAUAUUCAUAUUUAUCUAUCUAUCUAUCACAUAUUCAUAUCUAUCUAUCUGUCUAUAUAUAUAUAUAUAUGUAUCAAUCACAUAUUCAUAUUUAUCUAUCUAUCUAUCUAUCUAUAUAUAUAUAUAUAUAUAUAUAUAUAUAUCGCUUAUUAAUAUCUAUCUAUCUAUUUAUCUAUCUAUCGCUUAUUCAUAUCUAUCUAUCUAUCUAUCUAUCUGUUUCAUUCAUUAUUUUUCCGUCACCUUCCGAGGCCGCCAUUACAUAAGUUCUAAGACAAGUCUUUCAUGUCACAGCAGCUCGUUCUGA